AUGUCUCAACACAACAACAAGCCUGUUCUCACUUACUUUAGCUCGAGAGGUAAAUCAGAAAUUAUUCGGUUGCUUUUAGCAGAAGCAGGAGUGGAUUAUGAAGAAGUUAAUGUUGGUGUUUGGCAUCCAACUGAUAAAUCUGAGCAAUUCCAACAACUCGUUCAAAACGGUAGCUUAGCCUUUGAUGCUCUUCCAAGUUACAAGGAUGAUCAAAUCUUCCUUGUUCAAUCUGUCACGAAAGAAGUAUCCAAUUCCAGCAUUGAGGAAACCAUGGACAAGAUUGCACGAGAGAAAUUACCCAAAUUUAUUUCAUACUUUGAAAGAGCACUCAAGGGAAAGACUUUCCUCGUGGGCGAGAAGAUUUCCUAUGCCGAUAUUGGAUUGUUUUAUGUGAUUGAUAAUUUAUUGGAAUUGAAUGCAGAAUAUACCAACAAGUUCAUUUUGGAGAAGAAUGAAAAUUUAAAAGCAUUCCAUGGUCGAAUUAAGAGCAGAGAGGGCAUUCACAAACAUGUGACAAAUCCUAAUCGAUUUCCUAAACAAAAUUUACCAGGUUAUGAAACAGUUCUUUCGAAAAUUGUUCAACAAUAG